AAAGGAGGGGAGGGGAUCCUGCUGCGGUGAGGUCACUGGCGGGGAGGGGGGCGAUGCCUUCCCGGAGGGGAAGCAGCUUUGUUGGGAAAUCGGGGCCCUGCAGCCCCACAUCCCGGGGGCUGUAAGGACCCUCCUUGCUUGCCUGCUUGAAUCCUGCACAGCCUCCCACAGAGUACAGAACCAUAGCCCAGACUCAAACUGGAUUAUCCUCUCAUUCCACUGCAAAGAAAAUGAAUGAAACAGACCCGGUUCAGGGGCCAGUGACCUUUGAAGAUGUGGCCGUAUAUUUCACGGAGGGCCAGGCCGCUUUGCUCGAUCCGGCCCAAAGGUCCUUGUACAAGGAGGUCAUGCUGGAGAAUUAUGGGAACAUCGCCUCGUUGGGAGGAUCUGAAGACCCCAAGCCGGCCCUGAUUUGCCAGCUGGAGCAAGGGAAAGAGCCGUGGGUGGCUACUCUUCGGCGCCUGGGGGAAGAGGCGCUCAAGGCAACCUCAGGAGACUUGAAGAAGAAAAACGUGUGUCCAGAGUGCGGAAGAUGCUUCUCUGACAUGUCCGUCCUCCUUGAACAUCGGAGAUGCCACUCAACCUGGAGACCGUAUAAAUGCGUGGAUUGCGGGAAAUGUUUUCCUGGGUUUUCAGAGCUUUUGACGCACCACAGAGUCCACGUGGCCGAGAAAUCUCCUCAGUCCUCCGAAUCUGAGGAAGGUUUUGACAUCAAAACAGUCAUCGUCGGCCACCAGGGAAUCCACGCGGGAGAGAAACCUCACAAAUGCUCGGAGUGCGGGAAGUCUUUUGAUUUCAAGUCCACCCUGGCAACGCACAUGCGCAUCCACACGGGGGAAAAGCCUUACAAGUGCUUGGAGUGCGGGAAGUCGUUUGCUCGGAAAGGGAACCUUUCCGGUCACCGGAGACUCCACAUGACCGAGAAGCCUCACAAAUGCAUGGAGUGCGGGAUGUCCUUUGCUCAGCAGUCGAAGCUCGUUGGUCACCAGAGAGUCCACGAGGAGCUUUUCAAGUGCUUCGAGUGCGGGAAGUGUUUCCCUCACAAGGGCCUUCUCAUUGAACACCGGCGGGUCCACACGGGAGAAAAGCCUUUCAAGUGCUUGGCGUGUGGGAAGUACUUUUCCCGGAAGUCGAACCUUGACGACCACCAGAGAAUCCACACGGGGGAGAAGCCGUACAAGUGCUCGGUGUGCGGGAUGUGUUUCGCGGGCCGCUCGUCCCUCACCUACCACUACCGAGGCCACACCGGAGAGAAGCCCUUCAAGUGCCUGGAGUGCGGGAAGGAUUUCGCCGACCGCUCGUCGCUCCAGUACCACGAGAGAGGCCACACGGGAGAGAAGCCGUACAACUGCUUUGAGUGCGGGAGGAGCUUUGCCAGUCGGUCGUCCCUGGUUUGCCACCGGAGGACCCACACCGGGGAGAAGCCUUACCAGUGUGUGGAGUGCCUGAUAAGCUUCGCCGACAAGUCGGGCCUCAUAUGCCACGAGAGGGUCCACACAGGGGAGAAGCCGUACACCUGCCUGGAGUGUGGGAAAUCUUACUCCUUCCGGUCGUCCCUCGUUUGCCACGAAAGGUCCCACACGGGAGAGAAACCUUACCAGUGCCUGGAGUGCGGGAAGUCUUAUUCCGACAGGUCGUCCUUUGUUUACCACCAGGGGACGCACACAGGAGAGGAACGCUUCAAGUGUCUCGAGUGCGGGGUGUGUUUUGCGCCAAAGCGACCACUUUCCAGGAUCCAUGGCAUCCCGGUCGUGCAGCACCCUAUUCAUCACGAGAGCUGCUCUUUCUAUCUCAAGUUGAAAAUGGAAUCAGAAAUAAAAGAAGAAAAAUGAAGACAAGAACCCAGGAGCAGCCAGCUGAUCUUCGUGCGAAGGAAGUCGCAGUAUCUCUGUUUACAAAAUAUCUCGGUUGAGUGUCUUGCAUCACUAGCACUUCGAUGUAACAAGUAAGAAUAGGACAAAGGAGGCCUCCAUAUCUGUCAUGUUAGGCUUUGUUCUUAGAAAGGGUUUCCCAUGGCGUUUUGGGCUGCACACAUGCUACGUAUACCUUUGAAACAAAUUUGAAGCACAUUAUUUCCCUCGGAGAAUUCUGGGCACUGUAGUUUUCCGCUCACAGAGAAGCGCUGAAGAAAACUACAGUGCCCAGAAUUCUUUGAGGCAGGGAGAAUUUGCCUUUAAGUUUGCAUACACACCAUACAUGGAAAACACGUUUGAAGCACACAGGCUUCCCGCAAAGAACCCUGGGAACUGUAGGCUGUUAAAGGUGCUGGAAAUUGGAGGUCUGUGAGGGCUAAACUACACUUCCCACAAUUCUUUGUAGAGGCGUCAUUUUCUUUAAAUGUGUGGUGUGUGUAUAGCCUUUGAAACAGCCCUUUAGUCCAGAGGGUGAGCCUGUGGCUCUUCAGAUAUCAUUGGACUCCAUCUCCCAUCAGCUGCUCCUGGGUUGGUAGUUUUCCUUCUCCCACCCAAUCCUUUUUCCUUUUGUGUCAUGUUUUUUGUUUUUAAGAAAAAUUGCAGCACGGCUGACAGCUAGGGAUUAUGGGAGUUGUAGUUGAGCAGCAUCUGGUCACAGGCUCCACACCUCUUCUGUAGUCUCUACACCCUGCCUAUAGCAACUAAGUCUUUUUGUUGUUUAUCCAUGUCUGAAUCUUCAUGACCUCAUGGACCAGAGCACGCCAGGCACUCCUGUCUUCCACUGCCUCCCGCAGUUUGGUCAGACUCAUGUUGGUAGCUUCGAGAACACUGUCCAACCAUCUCGUCCUCUGUUGUCCCCUUCUCCUUGUGCCCUCAGUCUUUCCCAACAUCAGGGUCUUUUCCAGGGAGUCUUCUCUUCUCAUGAGGUGGCCAAAGUAUUGGAGCCUCAGCUUCACGAUCUGUCCUUCCAGUGAGCACUCAGGGCUGAUUUCCUUCAGAAUGGAUAGGUUUGAUCUUCCUGCAGUCCAUGGGACUCUUAAGAGUCUCCUCCAGCACCAUAAUUUAAAAGCAUCAAUUCUUCGGCGAUCAGCCUUCUUUAUGGUCCAGCUCUCACUUCCAUACAUCACUACUGGGAAAACCAUAGCUUUAACUAUACGGACCUUUGUCGGCAAGGUGAUGUAUCUGCUUUUUAAGAUGCUGCCUAGGUUUGUCAUAAGUCUUAAAUACAUUAAAUAAAUGCAACUUCCGUUGUUUUUUCCUCCCUUUCACGCAUAUGGAAUUUUAGAUUGUAAGCUCCUCGGGGCAGGGACCGGCCCUCUUGUGAAGCACUAUUUGGGCAGCCCGCACAAGCCUGGGCUAUGAGCUCAAGGGCUGUUGGGAGUUGGAAAUGAAAUGAGAACAUCAUUGCAACCUGGCUGUGACUGCCAACUAGCUUCACCCUCCUAGAAAGAACACUUAGAAGUACUUUGAAAACGAAGAACUGGUACCUGGGCUGCUUGUCUUCCUUCCCCCUCCCAAUCCUUUUUCCUUUCAUGUCAUUUUUUUUUAAUAGGAAAAUUGCAGAUCAAAGAGCAAGGACGAUUGUGCUAAACCUGCUCAGGGAGCCCUUUUUUUUAAGCUAAAGAGCAGGGUGAAAAAAUACUUUUAGAGAGCACUAAACAAAGCAAUAACAAUUGGAGACUGAGAAGGGACUGCUCCUAUUCCGUGCUUCAAGAGGGGACUUUUAUCCAUGUCCAAGGGCUGCCAGGAGGGGAAAGUUAACUUGGCAAUGUUGAGCAUGAGCACUUCAUUCCUACAUGGGGCACCUGGGGGCUUCUGAAUCAUAGGAAAGAAAUGUCCUGUUCUCCCCCCCCCCCAAAAAAAAAGGAAGUACAAAAAUGGGGAACCAAAAUGAUCAAGGGGCUGAAGCAGCUGCCUUGCAAGGAAGGGAGGGAGGGGACAAGAUGGAAAUGUAUAAUAUUAUGUAUGUUAUAUAUAGUAAGCAAAUAGGGGUUUUUUCUCAUCACAUCGGGGACAUCGAAUAAAGCUGGACGUUAGAAGGUUCAGGAGGCACUUCUUCAGACAGCACAUACUGGUAGUUAAAAACUGUGGAACUCACUGCCACAAGGUGGCCACCAAUUGGGGUGGCUUUAAAAAGGGGGUGGAGCGAAUCCACUGAGAGUAAGUCUAUCCGUGGCUGCUGCCCACCCUCGGAGGCAAUAUAGAAGAUAAUCCGUUAGGGAAUCUUGCAGGCCACAUUUCCCUCCGUUUUCCAAACCCCCACCCCACCUCACAGCAGACACCCUCGACAUUCCCUAGGACCUGGAAGCUCACAGGUUCUUAUUUUUAUUAUCAAUAUCCUUUUCCUUUUAGCUUAUAAAAUCAAUGUGCUUCUGCACACUUAGGAAGCUUGCGCGGUGUACUGGGGGUGGGGGCCGGGAACCCCUACUGCCUUUAUUUCUUAAAGUUAAGCGGUAUGCACAUGUUAUUAAAUCAAUAAAAAUAAAUAGAUUUUCGGAGCAGCCCCGUUUCUCUGCUAAGCCAAAAGGCAGGCAGGACCACCCAGAGUUCGGUACUGCAGGCGCCACUGCCUCUAAAGUGAUAGUGUUAUUUUAAUGGUUACAAAAAUGUGGACAUUUGUUCCAUGUCGUCUGAGAGGAAACACACAGUAAGAUCUCAUUAGAUUCUUUGAUACAACUGGAAGGAUCAGAGAGAAUCGGGUUUAUUACGGAAGAUUAUUAUAGCCAUUAUUUCACAUUCAAACUGGUUUCUCUCUUACUUUUGACUCUUAAAGAGAGAGGCACAUGCUUUUGAUUGAGCGUUCUUAAAAAAAGUUGCCCUCCAGAGGUUUGGGGAAGGGGAGAGCACAUCUGCCAUACAUACGAAAGACUAUACAGGGGUAGCCAACUCCUGAGAGACUGCGAUCUACUCACAGAGUUAAAGAAUGGCAUUGAUCUACCCCAUUUUGGGGGGUUCAGGUCUAAGUUGUUGGGCUUUUUUAAAGAAAGGAAACCCCUGCUUUUGGGGGUUCAAGGUUGUUGAGCUUUUUUUAGGGAGCCCAAAGUAGUUGAGGGGAGCCGGUAAUCUACCGGUGAUCUACCACAGGCGUCCAGUGAUCUACCGGUAGAUCACGAUCUACCUGUUGGACGUGCCUGGACUAUACCAUUGGUUUUUCCAGCUGAGUAUUGUCCAUGCUGGCUGACAGAAGCUCUGCUUUCACGCAGCAGUCUUUCUCAGCUCUUCCUGGUGAUGCCAGGGGUUGAGCCUGGGAGCUGAUCACCAGAGGAACUCACCACCUCAGGAGGCGCUGCAGGUUUGUAAGCAGCUGGAAUGCUAUAGCUGCAUCUUGCAUUGCAGAUUCCCCCAGUGAGCAUGGGUGGGAUACAUCGGCGGUUGCCAACAAGGGGCCCGUGGGCACAAUGACACCCUUGAAGUCGUCCCCAUGUGCCCAUAAACCUUCUGAGGAAGUUGGAAAAGUGACGCUCUUUCCCAGUUCCUCUUUCAUUUCUAUGUGCUCAGAUAACUUCUCCUUGGCAUGACUUUUGCACAGAUCCCUUGGAAAAGUGAGACAAAACAGAUGACGAUCAGUCUUUUGGGUGGUGGGGUGGGGUGAAGUUGAAGAUAGAGUUGACCAGUGGGAGUGAUGCUCACUAGAAAAACCCCAGAUGUCCCCACGAGGCCUGAUAGUGUUGGCAGCUCCCUGGAACACAUACCUCAGGUGGCCCUCCCUACUCUUAUCAUUCUGUUUUUAACACAUAUAUAACAUGGGAGAAAGUUUCUCGCUUCUGGAACCUUUGAAUGGCUAUGUUUGUUUUAAGCCUCUUUCUGUAUAAAUAAGCUUCCUUUUUUCUGUUGAACAAAACCGAUAUCCCACGUCAUUGUUUUUGCGAGUAGAAAAUAACUGUCGUGUUCUCAUCCGUUAUUUAAAUAAAAAGUUAGUGCGAAAUGCAAUCUCGGUUCUAGUAACUCAUUGUGUCCUUUCGCUUUUGUUACUCGAGAGUUUCCAUGUGUCUUGCAACAGGAGUUUCUCAAACAAUAAUAUCAACAGAUAUUUCAGUGUCAUAUAAGGAAUCAGUGUCUCUGUUGGAAUCGGGGGUCGA